ACAGCAACCAGCAUCACCAAGAUGAUAAACUUACCCGCCCUGACCUCUCUCCCUAAAACGCUCUCAUCUCUCGUUCCUCCGGAUGCAGAGCGAAAGCCCUAUCCACCAUGGCUCGAACCAGUGUUCAUCCUCAGCUGCGCUGUUGUGUUUCUCCAAACUAGUCGAUUGGUCCGCGUUUCAUGGUACCUGGGCGUUGUGCUGCCGCUGGCUACGCAAAUGCUGCAGUAUACCAAGGGCAACCUAAUCGAUAACUAUGUCGCCGGUCUUACCAUCCCAACUACGGUCAUCCGUGUGCUCGAUCUUGCACUCUGUCAUGAGACGCAGCGAGAGUUCUGGAAGAUCCGCGGAAGUGCAUCGAAGAAGGAGAAUGAGGGCAAGGGCUGGCCUCAAGGUAUCUUUGCCAAGGCUCGAUGGGCGUUUGAAUUGCUCGUUUCCUUGCGUGCUAUUGGGUGGAAUGUCCAGGUCAAAAAUGUUUCGACGGAUUCUAGUCAAGGCCGUGGGAAAUUUCAUUUCAUUCGCAAGCGUCUUACCGACUCCAUCGUUGCCUUUCUAAUCCUUGACGGCAUCACCUACUUUCGGCGCACAGUCGCAGCGCCCAUGGUCCAAUCCCAAUCUUUCUGGGACAUGCCCCUACAAUACCAGAUACUCAUCAGCUGGUUGAGCGGCUAUCAAAUAUACAACCUGCUCACCAUGCAGUACAACCUAGCAGCAAUCGGAACUACAGUCCUCGGAAUCUUCGAACCAGACGACUGGCCACCUCUUUUCGGAAGCUUCCUCCCCAGUAACCUCUGGUCCGUCCGGCGUCUCUGGGGAAGUGCUUGGCACCAGAUGAUGCGGAGAACGUGUAAUUUCUGGGGCGGACUUGCGUGUGAUGUGACGUUUGCAAAAAGAGGGACCUUACGGCGCCGAUACACUGAUCUGUACGCGGCGUUUGGUUUCUCGGCUUUGAUCCAUAGUGUUGGCAGUCUUUGUGUCCGCAGUGAGGGGCAUGCGUUCUAUCAGGGCGUAUUCUAUAUUAUGCAGCCGUUCAUGAUCACAUUGGAGGAUUUUGUGAUUUACCUGGGCAAAUCAGUGGGGUUGCGGCAAAAUCGCUUUACUGAAUACUUUGGAUUUGCCUUCGUUGGCGUUUGGAUUUCCUUUUGCUUCCGUUACAUGGCUGCAGCAGAGAACGCUUGUGGCUGGGACCUGGAGAGCCCGUUGCCUUUUAGUAUUGUUGCUCAGUUGCAUCAAUACUAUUUGGCGUUGGACUGAGAAAUCGCGCUCAGGAUUAGUGAUGCAUAGUUCUGUUGUGUUGCAGACAGCGUCGAUGUGCAGACGCUGAAACUGGGGAAAGCAAUGGUGGGUAGGGUAGAUGAAUAAUUGUUCAUGAUAGAGAUAAAUGAGAAGAAUAUACAGAAGCCUUAAAUACAUCGUGAUAAUGUUAUCAAUGAUGUCAAAAUGG